ACUCGCCCGCCGCGUGCAGAGGGAAGGAUGCAGACACCGCGGCCGGCGAUGAGGAUGGAGGCCGGGGAGGCAGCGCCACCGGUCGGGGCUGGCGGCCGCCACGGGGGCGGCUGGGGCAAGUGGGUGCGGCUGAAUGUGGGGGGCACGGUGUUCCUGACCACCCGCCAGACGCUGUGCCGGGAGCAGAAGUCCUUCCUCAGCCGCCUGUGCCAGGGCGAAGAGCUACAAUCGGACAGGGAUGAGACCGGGGCCUACCUCAUUGACCGUGACCCCACCUACUUCGGGCCCAUAUUGAAUUUCCUCAGGCAUGGCAAAUUGGUGCUGGACAAGGACAUGGCUGAGGAGGGGGUCCUGGAGGAAGCUGAGUUCUACAACAUUGGUCCUCUGAUUCGCAUCAUCAAAGACAGGAUGGAAGAGAAAGAUUACACAGUGACCCAGGUGCCACCCAAGCAUGUGUACCGCGUGCUGCAGUGCCAGGAGGAGGAGCUCACACAGAUGGUCUCCACUAUGUCCGACGGCUGGCGCUUCGAGCAGCUGGUGAACAUCGGCUCCUCCUACAACUAUGGGAGUGAGGACCAGGCCGAGUUCCUGUGUGUGGUGUCCAAGGAGCUCCACAGCUCCCCACAUGGCCUGAGCUCAGAGUCCACUCGAAAGACCAAGAUCUGGCUGGUGACUGCCCUGGGACAACCUUGGCUUCCUGCUCUGGAUCCAUCCUUCCAAAGUCCCUGUCCGCACCCUCCCAGACCCAAGCCUGAGCUUGCAGUGAGAGCUCCUCGGCCCCGCGCCCGCCCCCAGAGCUGCCGCCCCUGGUUUGUAGCCUGGCAGAGCUGGAGGGAGGGGCGAAAGCAAGGAGGGUGCUCGUAUUUUUGUCCUUGGACUCGAGCCAAUCUUUUGGCUGAUUCUCUCCACCCACCAAAGUCUCUCAACUUAUCUGGUCCUUGGGGUGAGGCCCUGAGAACUGACAGAGUCCAGAGGUGGAGACUCUCACACUCCCGCUCUGAGGCCAGGCUGGGGAGGAGAGGACCAGCCAUGUGCCUCUGCCCCACCCCGCAUGUCUAGAAGCUCGUGCAGCACUGCAUGUGGGUACUGUGUCCCCCUAGUUCUGCGGAGUGGGUGGACAGGCCAUAUGUGGUGUCCCUUGGCCGAGGAGUUGGCAAGAGCCUGCCAGGGAUUGUAGUGUGGCAGAAAAAAAAAAAAUCUGCUCUCUGACUGGCUGAUCAUAUAUAGCCUUCAGUCAGCCUUAGCUUCCUGUGUGACCUUGGGCAAGUCACAGCCUCUCUCUGGGCCACAGUUGGAAUCUAAGAUGGGGGCAGACAGCUGCUUCCAGUGCCCCCGUUUUGCGUGGGACAGCAGUGAUCUGCCUUUCCCAUCCUUGCCCUGCCACCACCAGCCCAAGACCUCAGCUUCUCCCCUCCUCGGUUCUGACUCCACCUCCUUUGGGCCUCAGCCCCACCCCUCCUUCAGAGCCAGCCCGGGACUCACUUGCCUUUUUCUCUCCCUCUCUCCCUCCCUCCCUCCCUCCCCCACUCUCCCCAACUUUCCUGUCCUGGCAUUACCUUGUCCUCACCCUCACCCCCAACCCCAACCCUGGAUUUCUGACCCCUUUCCUCUUCCUCUGUCCCUCCCCCUCUUAUUUUCUAGCUAUUACAAGCCAGAGGCACCCGGAUGUGAGCCCCCAGAUCACCUCCAGGGACUUGGGGUUCCGAUCUGAAAUCCUUUAUUUUUGUACCACGGGGUGGGCCCCUGGCCCGAGGAGGAAGACAUGCCCUCCACCUUGUCAAUGCUGCCUGCAUCUGCUGGGCUGAGACUCACUCCUGCCUCGGGGCCCAGGCCUAGGGACCUCUGGGACCUUGGAAGGCCUGAGGUGGGCCCUGGGGUCUCCGGGCAGAGACGCCAUGGCCAAACUGUGGCACGCUCACCCAUAUCUCCUAGGCCCUUUUGCCCCCUCACCUGGGCACCCUUGCUGCAUGGCAGAUACACUCCCUCCCAGCCCAGUCAUAGCACCUCCUAGAGCCUCAUUCUCUGUGGCACCAUAGGGUCACCGCCCUCCUCCCACCUACCUCACAGGGUUGUUGUGAGAAUCAGGGAGGAUCAUGGGGUUUCUGGAAGCCCUAAGUGUAUUGAGGCUUCAAUCAUUACCUUCUGAAGGGAGGGACUCUAGUCCAGCCCCAACAUGGGACACUAUGGACUCAGAUACUGGUGGGGGACAAUGUGAGGACUUAGCCAGGCAGGAAGGAAGGUACAGGCUGGCCAGCACCUUGGCCACCCCUCCUCUGUGCCACCAUACGUUUGGCAGUGUCAAUCAUGAGGCUGUCCAGGAGCUUGGGAUGGGGAAGGAGACAGGUGUAACGGGCUGGGCUGCCCCACCGGUGUCUUGACCCCCCCGGGAUGGGCACUCAUCUGUCAAUUGUGUCUCACCCGCCGUGAAAUAAACCUGAACAAAUAGGCUUGA